UUUUUUUUUUUUUUUAUUUUUAAUUUUUAUUUUUUAUUUUAUAUGGGAAAUGUUAAUUUUUUAUUUAAAUUUCCUAUAUUAAAAUUUUUUUAUUUUUUUUAAAAUUUUAUAUUUUUUUUUUUAAUUUUUUUUUUAUUUUUUUUUUUUUUUUCAUUUCAAUUUAAUUAUUUUUUAUUCCUUAUUUAUUUAUUUAUUUAUUUAUAUUAUUUAUUUUCAAAUAAUUAUUAAUAAUUAUAUAUCUCUAAAUAAUUUUAAUAGUUUCUUGAUAUAAAUAAAUUUUUGUAUAUAUUUUAAUUUUGUAUAAAUAAAAAAAAAGAAAAUAAAAAAAUGGCCACAGACGGUUCAACAGGAAAAACAUGGAUUGAUGUCCAAAAAAAAACCUUCACUGGUUGGGCAAACAAUUAUUUAAAAGAAAGAAUUUUAAAGAUUGGUGAUCUUGGUACAGAUUUAGAAGAUGGUGUUCUUUUAAUUAAUCUUUUAGAAAUUAUCUCAAGCAAGAAGAUCCUCAAAUAUAACAAAACCCCAAAGAUCAGAAUGCAAAAGAUUGAAAACAACAACAUGGCUGUUAACUUUAUUAAAAGUGAAGGCUUAAAAUUAGUUGGUAUUGGUGCUGAAGAUAUUGUCGAUUGCCAAUUAAAAUUAAUUCUCGGUUUAAUCUGGACUUUAAUUUUAAGAUAUCAAAUUCAAAUGUCAGAAAGCGAUAACUCACCAAAAGCUGCUCUUUUAGAAUGGGUUAGAAAACAAGUUGCUCCAUACAAAGUUGUCGUUAAUAACUUUACCGACUCAUGGUGCGAUGGUCGUGUUCUCUGUGCUCUCACUGAUUCAUUAAAACCAGGUGUCAGAGAAAUGAACACUCUCACCGGUGAUGCCGUCCAAGAUAUCGAUCGUUCUAUGGAUAUCUCUCUUGAAGAAUAUGAAAUUCCAAAGAUUAUGGAUGCUGUCGAUAUGAAUUCACUUCCAGAUGAACUUUCAGUUAUUACCUACGUUUCAUAUUUCCGUGAUUACGCCCUCAACAAAGAAAAAAGAGAUGCUGAUGCUCUUGCUGCUCUUGAAAAGAAGAGACGUGAAACCAGCGAUGCCUCACAAGUUGAAGCUUAUGGUCCAGGUUUAGAAGGUGGUUUCGUUAACAAGAAAGCUGAUUUCACCAUUAAAGCCAUCAACUACUAUGGUGAACCAUUAGCCAACGGUGGUGAAGGUUUCACUGUCAAAGUUAAAGAUGCCGAAGGUAACGAAUAUCCAGUUUCAUUAGUUGAUAAUAACAAUGGUACUUAUGAUGGUUCAUACACCGUUGCUGUUCCACAAGACUACACUGUCGUCAUUCAAUUAGAUGAUGUUGAUAUCAAAAACUCACCAUUCAACGUCAAGAUUGACGGUUCAGAUCCAAAAGAAUCAAAUGCUUAUGGUCCAGGUUUAGAAGGUGGUAAAGUUGGUCAACCAGCUCAAUUCAAGAUUCAAGGUCGUAACAAAGAAGGUGAAUCACUCACUCAAGGUGGUGAUGAUUUCACUGUUAAAGUUAAUGGUCCAAAUGGUCCAGUUGAUGCCACCGUCAAAGAUAAUGGUGAUGGCUCAUACGAUGUUGAAUACAACCCAACUACUGGUGGUGACCACAACGUCGAAGUUUUCCUUCGUGGUGAACCAUUAGCUCAAGGUCCAGCUGAUGUUAAAAUCUUAAACUCUGAUGCCAACAACUCAUACUGUGAAGGUCCAGGUUUCGAAAAAGCUCAAGCUAAACGUCCAACUGAAUUCACCAUUCACAGUGUUGGUGUUGAUAACAAACCAUGCACUGCAGGUGGCGAUCCAUUCCAAGUUGCCAUCAGUGGUGGUUCACCAAUUCAAAUUGCCAUCCAAGAUAACGAUGAUGGUACUUACACUGUUAGCUAUACCCCAGAACAACCAGGUGACUAUGAAAUUCAAGUUACUCUCAAUGAUGAACCAAUCAAAGAUAUUCCAAAAUCAAUUCACAUUAAACCAGCUGCCGACCCAGAAAAAUCAUACGCUGAAGGUCCAGGUUUAGAAGGUGGUGAAUGCUUCCAACCAUCACAAUUCAAGAUUCACGCCGUCGAUCCAGAUGGUGUCCACAGAACUGAUGGUGGUGAUGGUUUUGUCGUUACCAUCGAAGGUCCAGCUCCAGUUGAUCCAGUUAUGGUCGACAAUGGUGAUGGUACAUACGAUGUUGAAUUCGAACCAAAAGAACCAGGAGAAUACACAAUCAAUCUUACUUUAGAUGGUGAUAAUGUCAAUGGUUUCCCAAAGACUGUUAUCGUCAAACCAGCUCCAUCACACGAACACUCAUACGCCAAAGGUAAAGGUUUAAAGAAAGCUUAUGACAAUGAAGUCGCUGAAUUCAAGAUUUACGCCGUUGAUACCACCGGUAAACCAAGAACUGAUGGUGGUGAUCCAUUUGAAUGUAACAUUACUGGUCCAUCAGGCGAUGUCCCAGCUAAAAUCACUGAUAACAAUGAUGGUACUUACAACGUUGAAUACGAACCAUUAGUUGCCGGUCCACACGAAAUUAAUGUUUCAAUCAGAGGUAACAAUAUUAAAGAUAUGCCAAAGAAUGUCGAAUGUCUUGAAGGUGCUGACUCUGGCUCAUCAUUCGGUAGUUUCACUUUCACCGUUGCUUCCAAAAACAAGAAAGGUGAACCAAAAACUGUUGGUGGUGAUAGAUUUUUAGUUGCCAUUACUGGUCCAGCCGAAGAAAUCCAAUUAAAUGCUAUUGAUAACCAAGACGGUACCUACACUGCUGCUUAUUCAUUAGUUGGUAACGGUCGUUUCAAUAUUGCUGUCAAAUUAAACGAUAGACACAUCGAAGGUUCACCAUUCAAAGCCAAUAUUGGUGAAGUCAAGAAGAAUCCAGAUGUUCCAUCAUUCACCACUACCGCCAAAGCUAACUAUGAUGAAGAAAACUAAAAAUUUUGUAACACUUUAAAAAAAAAACCAAAAUAAAAAUUAAAAUAUAUAUAAAAAUUAAAAUAAUAAUUUUUUUUACUUUGUUUUUUGU